CACAACAACUCGAUGUUCCAUCUCUCUCUCUAGCAUCCAUCGUGAUUUCAGUUCUGCAGCCCUUCCAUAUAGACAAUAUCCUAGAAUUUGCGAGAUUUAUCUCCUUUAUACGUUUGUAUAAUGGCAACCCAACUCCCCAAUAUCUGGCAUCUCCGCCGAGUGGCAGACACAGCCGCGCGACCCUGUUUGAUCUGCCACAAGCCAUCGAGUAGUGUCUUGAUCACACCGAACAGCAAGGACUUGUCGUUUAACGGACUACAGGACUACUUCUAUGUCUGCCCGAUUCAUCUUAAAGACCGCCACUUCUGUUCGCCAAUAGUCAAUGCGGAAGAAGAGGAGGCGAAGAAGAAAGCGCAGGCGAUGGAACAGGAGAUAGAGAAAGUGAAGAAGGAGUAUGAGGAAAGGCAGAAGAAGAAGAAGGAGAAGGAGAAGGACAAGAAAGACAAGAAUAAGGACGACAUUAAAGAUGCAUCCGAGAAUGACUCAAACAAGAAGGCAGACUCCGAUAAGAAGGAAGAGAAGGAACGAGAUGAUAAGAUUGAUGCUAUCAAGAAACAAAGCACAAGCACAUCCACAUCUGCGUCGGACGACUCGCCACGUAUUUUUGAGCUGCAUAAAAACUUUUACCAAAUGCGCAUCGACAGAAUGCGUAACAUGGAAGCCGCUAAGAGGAACCGCCAACGGCUUCAAGACCCCUCGUUCUUCCCGUCUGCUCCAUCUGGGGGACUGUGAGACUCUUUUUUUUCUGACGUUAAUGCACCUUAACUAUGCCUAAAGCAGGAGGGGCGUGACAAGUGUCAAAUCAGGAGUCAUCGCGCGACCUGGAUUGCAUAUUCGCAUAUACUAACGGGUAGUAAGUGGUGUGGUCGGGCUGAUGCUUGAGGAUGUGGUGGAUGUCUUUGUGCGCCUGGACGCACCGGCAGACACAGAAUUACCGCGCCCACAAGCCUUAUCCUUCACGAGGGCUGGCUUUAAUAUCUGCGCAGGAAAAACAGGAAUUCAUUUGUGUAACAUGCUACUUUUCGACAUCU